CUUAAAGAUUGUCGCCGUUCAAUUGGUAGAGGCCACGGCGUAAUCGUAGGGGACGACGACGAAGACGAACAUAUUGUUUCUCCUCUUUACUGUGUGUAAUUGAAAUCAAACUUUUUUUUUUUUCUUUUUUCGGUUUCAAAGAAGUCCCCACCAAUGACCAAAGUGUUCCAAUGCAUGAUUAUUACGUUGGAGCCUCUUCUUCAUUAGAGAUUUUGCUUUCUCAAUUUAUUAUUUUUCGUUUUCGUUUUGGUUUUCUCUCUCCCGAUUUGGAGUUUUUAGGGUUUGAUUUUAGGAUGAAUUUGUAAUGUGAGAAAAGGUUUCGUUAUGUUAAAGAGGCACUCUAACGCCAUUCUCUUCAGAAUCGCCAGCUUCUUCGAUUCACAUCAUAAAACCCUUCUUAUGUCUUCCUUUACCGAUCCCCUUUUUCUGCGAUCGCUUCACACUCCUCGAUCCAUCGCCAACACAUUUCAUGGAGAUGGAGAUUUCGUUCAUAGACUCAAUCCCAUUCCAAUUUACCACAACCACAACAACAAGAGUCGCUUUAAUGGUUUGUUCAAGGUUAAAGGUGGAGGAGUUAAGCCCAAUGGAUUCACCUUGACAAGUUGUUGUUUUGAUUCUCACAAGAAACCUGAUCAAAAGGCUCGAGCUUUAACUCAACAUCGCCGCCUUCUCCAUGAUCUCGGAUCUGGGCCUAGUGCCGGAACCACCGACCUUGCAGAUGGCCGUGGUGCAUAUCUGCGUACCAGGUUUCAAGGAAAUGAUAAGAUUGUUGUGGCUGUUGACAUUGAUGAGGUUCUUGGAAACUUUGUCUCGGCCCUUAACAGAUUCAUUGCGGACCGCUAUUUGUCUAACCAUUCAGUCUCAGAAUACCAUGUCUAUGAGUUCUUCAAGAUAUGGAACUGCUCUCGUAACGAAGCCGACUUACGUGUUCAUGAAUUCUUUAAGACAUCAUAUUUCAAGAAAGGGAUCCAUCCUCUUCCAGGUGCCCAUAAGACUCUUCACAAGCUAUCAAAAUAUUGCGACAUGUCAGUUGUGACGUCCCGGCAGAAUGCGAUAAAGGAGCACACACUUGAGUGGAUCGAGAUACAUUUUCCAGGACUAUUUAAACAAAUUCAUUUUGGAAACCAUUUUGCUCUUCAUGGAGAGUCUAGACCAAAGUCUGAAAUCUGCAGAUCAUUUGGAGCAGAGAUAUUGAUUGACGAUAACCCGAGAUAUGCCGAGGAAUGCGCUAACAUCGGAAUGAAGGUUCUCCUCUUUGACUAUGAAAAUUCAUACCCUUGGUCUAAGACAGAGUCUGUGGAUAGGCAUCCUUUGGUGACUAGAGUUCAUAACUGGGAAGAGGUGGAGCAGCAGAUUCUCUCAUUGGCAGUGUCAAAAUGUUGAAAUAGAUUCUGCAACAACAACUGUUAUUUUGCCAGUGCAGAAUUAUAGUAUUAAUGUUUGAAAUGAUCCUGUACAAACUUGAUGGGGAAAUAAGUAGCAAACAGAAAUGGAAUUAGCUUUAAUUGUCCCUUAUUUAGCAUCAUUUUAAUUUUUUUUGUUUUGUUAAUUUAGUUUGGUUGCAAAAUUUCAGAUACAUUUGAUCUGAUGUAAAUAAAUUAAAUAAAAAUAUAAUUUUAAAUCUUUCA